CAAACGGUCUGGAGAUUGGGCCAGGUCAUUAGAACCCCAGCCCAUCUCUAAAGGGCCGAGAACAGUUAGCUCCAGUAGCUUCGUCUCCUUGACUCCCUGCGUUGCUUGUGCCUCGUUGAGUCCUGAAACGAAAAGAAAUAUCAAUAAUCAAACAAAAUUCUGGAAAAAGAUCCUUCUAUCGCUCUUCCUUUUGUUGCUGAAGACUGAAGCCGGGAAUUCCCUGGAAAGGAAAGCGGAAAAGCAAUGGGAAGCGCGCCCGCUCAGAUUCCAACGAGCUUCGGCCACGAGCUCAGGGCUUGCCUUCGUUGCCGCCUCGUCAAAACCUACGAUCAGUUUAGGGAAUCCGGAUGUGAGAACUGCCCAUUCUUUAAGAUGGAUGAGGAUCAUGAGCGCGUCGUCGAUUGCACGACUGCUAAUUUCAAUGGGAUAAUCUCUGUUAUGGACCCGACUAGAAGUUGGGCUGCUCGUUGGCUGCGAAUUGGAAGAUUUGUCCCCGGUUGUUACACUCUUGCAGUUUCAGAGGCACUUCCAGAGGACUUGCAGAAUUUAUGUGAAGAAGUGCACGUGCAGUAUGUGCCACCAAAACGAGUAUGAGAGAGAGUCUGGAUAACAGUGUGCAAGAAUUUAGGUGGAAGAAGCAUGAAAUCUGGCUAUUACGUGGUUGUCUACAGCUGCAAAUUGGGUCAUGUUUCUGAAAUUCAAAAAGGUCACAGUACUAAAAUUCUAGAAAAUCAAAAAGACAUGGAUGAAAUUUCAGAGCACAACAUAUUGGAACUUUAUUUGAGUGCAAUUUUUUUAUCUUUCCAUUUGAAAAGUGGGUACUGAAACAGACUCUGUAUGAACUUUGGAGUUGGAAUUAAAAUGGAUUGGUAAAAUUGGUAUAGUUAAUGUAAUUUAGUUACUACUUAUAUCCUAUUAGGUGACCAUUUUGAAUUGAGUUGAAUUUUAGUUUCA